UUUCAUUGUAACACUUAAGGAACCUCCCAUCACGUUUAUGAUUGUUUUUGCGAGAUCGUUUUUAUGUUACAGUAUGCCAUGAGAGUCGUUUUAUAAGUAAUUAGACAAAAAAGGCGACCAGUAAAAUUUUUAAGCUAUGGCUAGUUUUGUCAGAGAAGGUCUUUUGAGUUUUCGAUGGCAACCUUCUCUUCACGUGUUCAGAAAUAGGAGGGUGAAUGUUCAGAGACCCAGGGCUCCUCAUUAUGACAGGGCGAGGGUAUUGGCAUUGCUUAAGCCACAGUAUGCUGAGGAGGAGACCUUGUACGAGCCUCCUUCAGUGACUUGUAGGAAACUCCAGGAACUUAAACAGUAUAUUAAAAGACCCGACAACCCACUGGAAAAAAUUCUUGCAAAAGAAUUAUUUGAGAAAUGUGAAAAAUCCCAAUUAAUUGCUUUCUUCCAUAAAAACCCAAUUAGUGGUCUAGACGAUUUUAAUGCAAAGAUUAAAUUUAGAAGAGAGCAAAUGGAAGUUGAAGUACAUUCUAAGUAUACUGCAAAAUUAGCCUUCGAAGGCACUAAUUAUGAAAGCGUACUUGAGCUUUUCAUGGCCCACAAUGCGAUGGCGUUUUGUGAUGAACCAAAAGUGAACACACUGUUAAAAAUUACAAAAAAACUACCACAGUAUGUUUUACUGUGUGCAAUAGUUGAAGGGAAAAUGUUGAAUAUGAGCCAGCUUGUGUCCUAUGCCCAGUUCAAAGACAUAAAUCAAGCCAGGGCACAACUUGUCGCAACUUUGAAUUUGGCUGGGACAGAAUUUGUCUCUAGGCUGUCGCAACCACAAAACACUUUAGUCUCACAGUUAGGAGAAUUAGUAAAAAUAAAAGGAGAAAAGUCCUAAACCCAGAGGUCUUUUGUUUUUAUAGAAUUUUGUACAUGAAUAUUU